AUGGCCAGGCACACCUCGCUUGACUCCGAAAGACCAAUCAUGACGCAAUCCAACCGAACAUCGAAGAGAUUUUCGACAGUCAGCGGAAGCCACUCAGUUGCGUCAUCGGAUCUCUCAAGCCUGCCUAGCGGUGAUCCCCGACUGGCUGACUUUCAUCAUUUGCGGGACGGCUUAGAGCGCUUGGAGAACAAGCCCCUUCUCAAGCAGCGCUUUGUGCCCACUCCUGAGAAGAGCGAUAACCUCAGCAAAUUGGCGCUGGGAGCGAAGGUUGAGCGCGCUCUGGAUCGAAGAAUGACAGGCCAGGAUGCCAUCAUGCGCGAGCCCACCAUGAAUGAGAAGGCCGUUGUCGACUCGUCUGCAUCACCUUGA